AUGGUCACUCGUAUAGAAGCUGCCUGCAUGAACCAGUUUAAGGUCGGGGUUCGAGCUCGUGUGUCGAUGGUAGAGGAGGGAAUUGGGACCUAUGCACGGAGCGAAGUCAGCGUCCGCCCGCUUCCUGACAGCGUCAGCUUUACUGAGGCCGCCCAUGCCGGCCUGCACGACUCGAAGACAACACAACGCCAGGCGUAA